GUAAAUUGCCAGCAGUGUGCCUUCUCGAGUAGGUAUUGAUAUGGAGGUUAGAGAGCUCUUAAAACCUAUUGCCGUGAUUACAUAUACGUGUCAUAAUAAUAUAUAAUAAACGCGAGGGACGGAUGGUUUGAGAUUGCUCCCUCAACAUAGCAGUUUCCCUAACCUUCUCAGAUACGAUUUCACUCUUCGACAUGUCUACGAUUGCAAAGACUAUUGUGGCGACCGGCGCCACUUCAGGCUUGGGAUUUGAAUUGGUCAAGCAGCUUCUUGCACAAACACAGCCAUACAAGUUUAUCCUUGGAGCCAGAGAUACCAAGACAGCUCAAGCAGCUUACGAUGGACUCAAGUAUGACGGCAAUAGACACAGCUUAACUAUUGUCCCUUUGGAGCUAUCAAACCUGAGGACGGUCAAGACUUUCUCGCAGCAAGUUCUUGAUAAAGUCGGACAGGACAAGGUUGACUACCUGCUACUCAAUGCAGCAAUAGCUAUCAACGCUGACGAGCCCGGUCCUCAUGGUUCUAAGUGGAGCGAAGCUUACAUCGUCAACCAUCUUUCUCAGCAUUACCUUAUUCAUUUACUCCGAGAGAAAUUGGAGUCGUCCCGAUCGCGCAUUGUAGUUGUCUCAAGUGGAGCUGUGCGAAUGGUCAAAGACACCAGUUUGCUGGAUAAUGACGUCAAAGGCGCUUCAAAGACAGAGCGCAGCGUUUACAGCGCCACCAAAUUCAUUCAACUCCUCGGAGCUCACUGGUGGCGCCGCCAACUCCAAGGCAAAUGCGAUGUUGUUGCCGUCUCCCCUGGUUUGAUUCCCGGUACCGGACUUCCUCGAGGCACCAGCAUGCAAUUUACCUCGAACCAUCCAGAUGCCAAAAGUAUCCCCGAAGGUGCUCAAAGUAUCCUUCGUGCAUUCACGCGGGAUGACUUCCCUGAAGAUCCCGAUCAGAUCUUCUUAACAAGCUGGGGCGAAUGGUGGCCUAAGGAUGUAUUUGAGCUCAGUUUGGACAAGAACCUCCAAGACAAAUGGUCCCCGAGUAAAGAUGAGAUUGAAAAGGAAGAAGGCUUGACUGCUUGAAGUUCGGUGUCCGAAAUAACAGAUAAUUCGGGAAGGAGUGCUCUGGGAGACGCGCCCCACAGUCUUUCGGAUACGGACACGGCGACACACGGUGUCUCAGUACUUCGCGGACUUGAAUUUUUCUUGGCAUAGCCUAUCGCAUCCCAUACCGUUGCCUUGCGGAAAUUAAAUUAAAACUAAUACAGC